CAUGGCGCAUCAUUCGUCUCCUCUCUACAGUACUAAAUCAAUGCAAUAGAGGCUCCACCGUGUACAGUACCGUCUUACUGCAUGUGAGACUUUCUGAAAUUGCGUUUCAGCACAUAGAGGAUGUUGCCACAAAGUAGCCAUAUUGAAUGAAUUGAGACGUUCCGCUGUCAACCAUCGCCGUCAACCCAACUAGGUCCGGAUGAAGACAGCUCCUCGUAAAUUCUACUCCCCACACUUUUCUUCUUCACGAUGGCCGCCACGGACAUAGACAUUUUCGCUAAUGAAGAGGGGCGUAGCCUGGAGCUGGGUGGCCAUGUUGGGUUUGACAGUCUUCCAGACCAGCUGGUCAGUAAAUCAGUCACACAGGGAUUCUGCUUCAACAUCCUGUGUGUCGGUGAGACAGGGAUAGGGAAGUCGACGUUGAUGAACACCCUGUUCAACACCCUGUUUGAGGCCGAGGAGGCCAGCCACUACCAGAACGGUGUGUGCCUGCGACCCAGGACCUACGACCUGAAGGAGAGCAACGUUCAGCUCAAACUGACCGUAGUCGACACCGUGGGGUUCGGAGACCAGAUCAACAAGGAGGAGAGCUUCAAACCCAUAGUGGACUACAUCGACACUCAGUUUGAGACCUACCUGCAGGAGGAGAUGAAGAUCAAACGUUCCCUGUUCGACUACCACGACACCAGGAUCCAUAUCUGUCUCUACUUCAUCGCCCCAACCGGACACUCUCUCAAAUCACUGGAUCUGGUCACCAUGAAGAAACUGGACAGCAAGGUAAACAUCAUCCCCAUCAUUGCCAAGGCAGACACCAUAUCUAAGAGCGAGCUGCACAAGUUCAAGAUCAAGAUCAUGUCAGAGUUGGUGAGCAACGGUGUUCAGAUACACCAGUUCCCUACUGAGGACGAGGCUGUCACCGAGAUCAACUCCUCCAUGAAUGCCCAUCUGCCCUUUGCUGUGGUGGGGAGUGUUGAGGAGGUUGAAGUGGGUAAUAAGAUGGUGAAAGCCAGACUGUACCCCUGGGGAACUGUACAGGUGGAGAACGAGAGCCACUGUGACUUUGUGAAGCUGAGAGAGAUGUUGCUGAGGGUGAACAUGGAAGACCUGAGAGAGCAGACUCACGCCAGACACUACGAGCUCUACAGACGCUGCAAACUGGAGGAGAUGGGAUUUACAGAUACAGACCCUAACAACAAACCCUUUAGUCUGCAGGAGACGUAUGAGGCCAAGAGGAAAGAGUUCCUGGGGGACCUGCAGCAUCACGAGGACGACAUGAGACAGAUGUUUGUCCACAAGGUGAAGGAGACCGAGGCAGAGCUGAAAGUAAAGGAGAGGGAGCUCCAAGAGAGGUUUGAGCAGCUGAAGAGGAUGCAUCAGGAGGAGAAGAGGAAUCUGGAGGAGAAGAGGAGCGAUCUGGAGGAGGAUAUGAACGACUUCAACAGGAGGAAGGUGGCAGCUGAGACGCUGAUGGGUCAGUCUCUACAGGGAUCCUCACAACCGUUCAGAAAGGACAAGAAGAGCUUCUUUAGUCUUCCGUCUGCGUGCUCCCUAACAGCAGGAAGGAAUUUAAAUUAGAAGAAUGACUUUCUACUACGCCGAAAGGAUGGUUGUUCUAAUCUUCCCCGAUUUAACUAUUAACAAUCUAUUGAGCUUACUAUUUUUUUACAGCGUGAUUCAAAGCUUCAUUUUUGUAAAAAAUCCCUGUAAGUCCCAAAUGGCACCCUAUUCCCUAUGUCGUGCACUACUUUUGACCUAAGCCCCUGGUCAAAAGUAGUGCACUACAUAGGGAAUAGAGUGGCAUUUAGGACAGACCCCUUGCUGUGAUGUGCUCAUUAUUCCUGAACUCUUCAAGUGAUGUUCCUACCAACACCUGGUCCUGGAGUCUUCAAUGCAGUGCAGGCCAAGCUCAACAUAAUAUUAAACACGUUCUCUAAUACUUAGAAAGUAUACAGGCUAUCUAUAGGGCUAUAAAGUAGUGCACUAUAUAGGGAAUAGGGUUCCAUUUUGGAUGUAAACUUGGUUCAUAAAAAUAAAAGCUGAUGCUCUAAAGCUGUCAAACUCAACGUUGGACCUCAAAGCCAGUUCUACUGCAUUUUCUCCCCCAUUGACCACGUUUACAUGUGCACAGUGUUCUGGAUAAUAUAGCUCAUAUCCUGCUUAAGGUCUUAUUCGGGAUGAGCUAUUUACAUGCACAUUUUGGUAUCCCGCUCAUGAGCAUCCCUGAAUAAACUGAAUAUUCCUCAUUUAAUUAUACGGCGUAAAUGGAUUAGUAACUGAAAUAUAGAUUAUAACCUCAUGUAGUGUAAUAUAAUAUUAACUGAAAUAUAGACACUGAGUGUAAGAUUUUUUGUUAUUUAUUUUUUUAACCUUUAUUUAACUAGGCAAGUCAGUUAAGAACAAAUUCUUAUUUUCAAUGACGGCCUAGGAACAGUGGGUUAACUGCCUGUUCAGGGGCAGAACGACAGAUUUGUACCUUGCCAGCUCCGGGAUUUGAACUUUCAACCUUUCGGUUACUAGUCCAACACUCUAACCACUAGGCUACCCUGCCGACCCAUGUAGUGUAGUAUAAUAGUAACUCUUGCAGAAUUAUGAAUUUCUUGCAGUGAAAUUAUAGUGUUAUUAUAGAAAUUAAAGUGUUUUCUCCGACACAUUGGUGCGACUGGAUGCGCGCUGUGUUAAGAAGCAGUGCGGCUUGGUUGGGUUGUGUAUCGGAGGACGCAUGACUUUCAACAUUCGUCUCUCCCGAGCCGUACGGGAGUUGUAGCGAUGAGACAAGAUAGUAGCUACUAACAAUUGGAUACCAUGAAAAAGGGGAGAAAAAAGGGGUAAAAAAAGUCUGUCAUUCCUUUUUAAUCGUUGUCAUAUGAAGAGA